CUCUCCCUCCGCUGUGGAGCAUGGCAGCUGCCUCCAGGCCCCCGCCGGGUCCCGAGCCCGGCCGGGAUCGUCUGCGGGACGACGGCGUGCGGACCCUCACCUCGGCCGAGCAGACCAGAGUGGAAGACUUGGUGCAAGAGGUCUUCAGCGCUUACAAGACGAACCACCACGCCUCACAAUUUGUUCUGCAGCGCGAGAAGCAUUUCCACUACUUGAAGAGAGGCCUGAGACAACUGACGGACGCCUACGAGUGUCUGGACGCCAGCCGCCCCUGGCUGUGCUAUUGGAUCCUGCACAGUUUGGAGCUGCUAGACGAGCCCAUCCCAGAGUCUGUGGCUUCGGACGUCUGCCAGUUCCUAGGCCGGUGCCAGAGCCCCAGUGGUGGGUUCGGAGGAGGGCCGGGCCAGCACCCCCAUCUCGCUCCCACGUAUGCCGCUGUCAGCGCUCUCUGCAUCAUCGGUACCGAAGAGGCCUUCAACGUCAUCGACAGGGAGAAGCUCUUGGAGUAUCUAUACUCGCUGAAACAGCCCGACGGCUCCUUCAUCAUGCACGUGGGAGGUGAAGUGGACGUCAGGAGCGCAUACUGCGCCGCCUCAGUGGCUUCGCUGACCAACAUCAUCACGCCCACGCUCUUCGCAGGGACUGCCGAGUGGAUCGCAAGGUGCCAGAACUGGGAGGGUGGCAUUGGCGGAGUCCCGGGCAUGGAGGCCCACGGAGGAUACACUUUCUGUGGCCUGGCAGCGCUGGUCAUUCUGAAGCAGGAGGACUCACUGAAUCUGAAAUGUUUGUUACACUGGGUCACGAGCCGGCAGAUGCGCUUUGAGGGCGGUUUCCAGGGCCGCUGUAACAAGCUGGUGGAUGGCUGCUACUCGUUCUGGCAGGCGGGCUUGCUGCCCCUCCUCCACCGAGCACUGCAUGCCAAAGGCGACCCUGCCCUCAGCAUGACGCACUGGAUGUUCGACCAGCAGGCGCUGCAAGAAUACAUCCUCCUGUGCUGCCAGUGCCCUGCCGGGGGGCUGCUGGACAAGCCGGGCAAGUCACGGGAUUUUUAUCACACCUGCUACUGCCUGAGCGGGCUGUCGAUAGCCCAGCACUUCGGCAGCGGAGACCUGCUCCACGAGGUGGUGCUGGGAGUUCCUGAGAAUCGCCUGCAACCGACGCAUCCCGUGUACAACAUCUCCCCCGACCGAGUGGUGCGGGCGGUCAUGCACUUCCUGCGGCAGCCCGUCCCCGGCAUGCCGGCGGCAGAGGAGGCGACAGCGGCUGCCGGAGACUAGACGCGGCUGCUCCCUUCGCGGAGGCUGUACAGACGGGCUCUCCCUGCAGUCGGAGCGCAGCGCGGACCCAUCCUUGGGGUUUGAGAGCAGGGCGGACAGAGCGCUCCCCCCUCAGGCCGGUGCGAGCUCAGGGCGCUAGCCAGACCAAAAAUAGCCACGCCGGCCCCCUGCCAUAGGCACACACGGGCCCCGGGCCCCACUAACCUUCCUGCCAGGAGCAAAGCUGUUCUGAAAUAACGGGCUGUGAACGUUUUAGCAUCAAUAAACCAGAACUGA